CAGGAUGAUUCCGUUGGGUAGAAUAUGUGAUUUGCGGAAAUAUUUUCCCGAUUGGUGGUACUUUCAUGCCGAUGACGGGCAGCAGAAUGCUUACCGUCACAAACGCGCUCUGCACCACGUGAGCGUGCGGGCAUAUGCUGAUUUUGCACUGUUAAUUAAAAGGAAAAAUAUCACUGGAACGAGAUUUGAGCCAACAAGACUAGGCUGAGCCGUUCAUGUCCAACUGGCCAUCGAAGAAAGAAAAUGUCGGGGCUGGUAAGCGGCGCGAGAUGUCACUGGAGAACGAGAACUAUCAGGCGGGGAGCCCCAGUCCGUCCCCUGGGAAGAAGGACAAGGACAAGACCAACCCGAAGACCUCUAUGCAGACCGUGAGACUGCCGCCGCCGGAGCCAUCAUCCGCGGCCACUCCCACCAAAUCCAAAGUAGACACCAAGCACAGCAGCCGGGGUAGCAGCCCCGCUACACCGCCGCCUAGCGUCGGACCCUUCCGUUCGGCGCCCGCCUCCCCCUCACAGUCGGCCGCCGUUACUGGGGGGCCGUUUCGAGUGUCUCCUAUGAGAAAUUCAAACCAGAUUCCACUGUCGCCGCUGAACACCGAAAAACAGUAUUCCAAACUGGAGAAGACCCAGCAACAAGUAGACGACGUCAAGGGCGUCAUGCGAGACAACCUAGACCGGGUACUGGAACGCGGGGACAAGCUGACCGAUCUGGACGCCCGCGCCGAGCAUCUAGAACUGAGCAGCCAGCAGUUCGCUCACACCGCCCAGCAACUCAAAAAAACUAUGUGGUGGAAGAGUAAAAAAUUCGCCCUCUGCAUUGCUCUUGUCGUUUUUAUCGUCCUGGCCAUUAUUGCACUAGUUGCGUACUUCCUCCUCCGCCCGUCGGAACCCCAACCGGCGGCGCCGGGCUCAGUAACCUACAAACCUAAGCAUGCCGGCACAUAAUGACAGGCGCUGGUGAAUAUUUAUUAAAGACGAAUUUGA